AUGCGCCGGACGUUAGUUUCCAACAAAGCCAGCGGGUACGAAUUAUUCUUUGGGCCAGAGGCCGUCCGUCUUAAAACUCCCGAUGUCGUGCCCCAACCGAUCAUUGCUACCCUUCCUGUGGGAUAUAAUGCAGGAGAUCAGAUAGUGCUGGACGAAAUUGAGAAUAAAUGGGAUUACAAACCCAAUAUUGACCUCCACAGUGGAUUAAGCUUCCCCAGGCAUCAAGAAGGCACACGAGCGGCUCGAAGAGAACUUGCCCAAUCCUGUAACCAGAGCAAUCAGAGAUUAGUCACUAUCCUGUCAAAUAAGGCCCCCCACGUUUAA